AUGUCUUCAAAAUUGAAUAAAACUAAAGAUACAAUCCGUGACUUCAUGGGCAAGUCAGGUCAUCACGAUACCACGGUCGACGAGACAUUGAAUCCGGCUGUCCUGCAUGAGACUGUUCGACCUACCCAGCAUGAAGAGGUGAACACGGCAUUGGAUAAGGAGGUUCAUCAAGACCACUACCAUCACACUGUUCAGCCUAUCCACGAUAGAGAAGUCCUUCCCGAACAACACCAGCAUAAUGUUAAGAAUGUUCAGCACCGUGAAGUUGAUCAUCGUGACAACGAGAGGACUAGGAAUGCUCUCAGUGCCGAAGCCGCGAAGUUCAAGGAUGAACGCGUAAUGAAGGACACUACUCGAACUCAAACCCAUGCACCGACUGUCGAAGGUGAACACGUUCACCAUCAUGUCCACGAGGUUGUGCAGCCUGUGCUCCAUAAAGAGACUAUCCAGCCAAACGUUGUCCACACUACUGUGCCUAUUCAUGAGACUCAUCAUAAUGAGGCUCAGCAUCAUGGAACCUCGACGCUUCCUGCUAUGAGCGCAGAUGAAUAUAAGAGACAAGGUGGCACACUUGGCGGCAACCAGACACGCCACGACGCUUUUGAAGGAUGUCCUGAUGAUCGAAGUGGUAUACUCUCAUCAGGAAAGCAUAGCCAAACCGAGGCCAUGCACCAAGGAUCGCUUCGCGGGGUUUCUGGCACUGAGGCCCAGCGUGGUGUUUCUGGCACCCAAAGUACUACAUCCAGAAUGCAGAAUCAGUCAGGCGUGGGCAUGGCUGGUACCCGGGGGGCCAACGUUACUUCAAUGGAUAAAGGGGUCCGGCACAUGAGGCAAGACUCUGGUAAAGGAAUUGAGGAUUCUGACAUUGGUGACAAGCUUUCGACUGCGGCAAGCGAACGCACCAGAAACCCAAGCUUGUUGGACAAAUUGAAUCCAAUGACGGAUUCUACGGGUGACGGCAAAGCUGGCUUUAUGAAAUAA